GUGAGCUUCCCGCUAGAAAGCAAAAGAACACAAAACCCUAAACCCUGGAAAGAGUGAAACCCAAGAAAACGAAAACAAAGAAGAAUUCUCCAUUAACUUGUACAAGUCAUAAGAGACUUGGAAAUCCUUUUGUUGAAUUUCAGCCAUUGUUUGUGCAGAUUGAACAACCGACUAGCCAAGACGGGUCUGCCUGUGUGGAUGUUGGGGUUGGGUGCGGAUCGGUUGCGAGCAGACAUGAAUCGUUUGCUCGCAUUCCUCUUCCACCAGGGGAUACUGGACGAGCAAUACUUGCAACUUCAACAACUUCAAGAUGAGAGCUCUCCAAACUUUGUUUCUGAAGUUGUCAACAUCUACUUCCAUGAGUCCGAGAAGCUUUUGAGGAACCUCAGAUCAUUACUGAUGGAUAGAGAGUUCUCGGACUACAAGAAAAUGGGAAUCCAUUUGAAUCAGUUCAUGGGAAGCAGCUCUAGCAUUGGUGCCAAAAGAGUCAGAAACGUUUGCGUUGCCUUUCGCGCCGCUUCUGAGCAGAACAACCGUGCAGGGUGCCUGAGAGCUUUGGAGCUCUUAGAACAUGAGUAUUGUUUCCUCAAGAAUAAAUUGCAUGAACUUUUUCAGAUAGAGCAGCAGAGAGUACUAGCAGUCGGAGUUAGAUACCCAAUGCAGAACUAAAGCAAACAAAAUUAAUGCCAUAACAUGGGGUGGAGUUCUUGGGCACCUUUCUUGUUUCAGUUUUUUGCUAAAAACCAAGCAAAACCCAGGGCAGGACAUUGUACUAUUUGUAGAGAAAAAAUGGAAAAGAGGUUGUUGCCACUGCAACCUGUGGUGCCUUUAAUGUAGAGUCAUUCAUUCUUUCCAUUUUAGAGUGUGCUGCUUCGGUUGUAACUUUUGAAUGCAAUGAACUGUAGUGGAAAGUUGGCAGCUGAUAUUCUGAUAUCUAGUUUGAAAAAAAUCUCUCUCAGCUUUAAUGGUCAA